AUGCGCUUCAGGCAGGCACCAGUGGCACUGGUUGCGAACAUAGAAGCUAUGUUCCACCAAGUCAGAGUGUGUGAACAGGACAGGGAUGCCCUAAGGUUCCUUUGGUGGCCUCGAGGUAACCUACAAGAGGAGCCAAAGGAGUACCGCAUGAACGUACAUUUAUUUGGCGCGACUUCGUCGCCCAGUUGUGCAGCCUUCAGUUUAAAGCGCACCGCAAAUGACAAUAUGGACACAUUCAGUCAAGAAGCGGUAAGUACGGUUGAACGUAAUUUCUAUGUUGAUGACCUUCUGAAGUCCGUAUUGGAUCCGAGUUCGGGAAUUAGACUUGCCGCUGAACUGAGAGAACUACUCUCGCUAGGGGGUUUCAGACUUCCGAAAUGGCUUUCCAAUAGUGAACAAGUCAUGAACUCGAUCCCUGAAAGGGAUCGAGCCGAACCGAGGGCCAAAUUAGAUCUUAAAACCGAAUCGUUCUGUGAGCGAACUCUCGGGUUACAGUGGCUUGUUAAGCAGGAUCAGUUUGUGUUUGAUGUUAAUCUCCAUGAUAAGGGCACGACAAGACGCAGCAUCUUGUCGGUCGCAAGUUCGUUGUAUGACCCACUUGAAUUAGUAGCACCAGUGACUUUAAUACCAAAAUUGAUCUUACAACGUGCUUGUAGGCUGAACUUAGGUUGGAACGAACUAAUUCCAGAUGCGGAAGCAGAAAAAUGGUCACAGUGGCUAAGCCGUCUGCCGGCAUUAUCCAAGGUGAGUAUUGACAGAUGUAUAAUCCCAAGUGACCUUGACAGGUCAACGUUGAAAGCUGAACUUCACAUGUUCAGCGACGCUAGUGAAUUUGCGUACGGGUCUUCGGUGUACGUAAAUGCGUACGACGCCAACGGACGCAGUAAGUGCAGCCUUAUUAUAGGUAAGUCAAGGUUAGCGCCUAUAAAACGUAUCUCAAUUCCAAGGCUCGAACUGGCAGCAGCAGUAGUUGCUGUCAAACUUUAUCAGAUAGUUACAGAGGAGCUUGACAUCCAAAUUUCUGGAAGAUACUUUUGGACAGACUCCAUGAUUGUGUUGGGGUACAUAAGGAAUGAACGGAAAAGGUUCAAGACCUUUGUUGCAAACAGACUGUCCGUAAUUCAUGAGGUGACGUCACCACAUGACUGGAGGUAUGUACCCUCUAAGAGUAACCCUGCCGACAUGGCGUCAAGAGGUAUUGAUCCGCAAGAGAACGAAAGGCUUGAAACAUGGUUGUCUGGCCCGAAAUUCCUUAAAGGUAAUGAGGCAGAGUGGCCCGCUAAGGUAAGUAACAUAACCUUGCACGAGGAUGACAUAGAGCUCAAGCCUGAGGCUAGCGUACUAAACACACAAGUGAAGCGUGAUUCGAGCAUGGGUACGUUGCUAAGUAAGUUUUCCGACUGGCAUAAGCUACAAAGUGCAGUCGGUUGGCUACUCCGUUUCAAGUGGCUUUUAAUGCAAAAAAUUCCUGCCGAAAAGGCGAAGUCUUCAUAA